UGUCGGGGAAGCAGCAGGUGGGAGAGUUUAGGGAUAUCUGGCGACAUAUAGCCAUAAUUAACCGCUGUGAAAGUAACUGUUCAGUUGACAGUGACUCAAACUACAAACCGCUGCGUUAUGAUAUAUUUUAAUAUUUACAGUGGAUCUCCUGAGCCGUUUUAGGCUGCGUAAGUGCCUUACUCGUGAGAUGUAGCGAUGCCACCAAGCAAACGGUCACGUAGAGAAGAUGUCACGGUGGAGCUCGCAUGCGAGUGGGGAACAUGUCAGAAUUCGUUCAGCAGAAUGCAGGACAUCUGCGAACAUGUGGAAAAGCAUCUUCAAGCCUUGCAACUGGAGGACGAGGGGCCUGAGACACUGGCAGAGGUGCGCAGCUGUUUAUGGCGGGAAUGUGGAUUUUGCUCAGUAGAGGGUCCUGGGGAGCUGUGGCGGCACGUCUACUUCCACUGCUACCACACGAAACUGAAGCAGUGGGGGCACCAUGUCCUGCAGAGCCAGCCCGACCUGGGCACCUGUGCCCUCGGCCUCCAGAACCGCAACAUCGUCCCAGACAUCACUGACAACUUUGUUUGCCAAUGGGAACACUGUGAGGCAUCACUGGAUAACCCGGAGUGGUUUUACCGACAUGUGGAGAUGCAUGGCAUGUGCAUGGAAAUGAAGUCCAAUGGGAAGGAGGAGAGCGUGGUGCAUUGCGGCUGGAAGGAUUGUGAGGCAACCUUUAAGGCGCGGUUUAAGUUACGUGAGCACCUGCGCAGCCACACCCAGGAGAAGGUGGUAGCCUGUCCCACCUGUGGCGGCAUGUUUGCCAACAACACCAAGUUCUUCGACCACAUCCGCCGGCAGACCACCAUUGAGGGCCAGCGGUUCCAGUGCUCUCACUGCUCCAAGCGCUUUGCCACUGAGCGGCUCUUGCGGGACCACAUGAGGAACCAUGUGAACCAUUACAAAUGCCCACUGUGUGACAUGACAUGUCCAUCUCCCUCCUCCCUGCGCAAUCACAUCAAGUUUCGCCACAGCAAUGAGAAGCCAUACAGCUGUGAAUACUGCGAGUACAGUUGUAAAAACCUGAUCGACCUGCGCAAACAUCUGGACACCCACAGCAGUGAGCCUGCCUACCGCUGUGACGUCUCUGACUGUGACUACUCCACCCGAUCUCUUCACUCCAUCAAGACUCAUUACAAGAAAGUGCAUGAGGGAGAUUUCAUUCCCCGCUACAAGUGCCAUGUAUGUGACCAGUGCUUCACCAGGGGCAACAACCUCACCUCCCACCUUCGUAAGAAGCAUCACUUUAAAUGGCCCUCAGGUCACCCCAGAUUCAGGUACAAGGAACAUGAAGAUGGGUUCAUGCGUCUGCAGCUGAUUCGUUAUGAAAGUGUGGAACUGACAGAGCAGCUAAUGAAGGAGAGGCAGGAGGGCAGGGACAGGGGAGGGGGUGGAGCCGGCGAAGCUGCCCAGAGUGACUGCACUACAGCAGAGGGGGAGGGAGCAGGUACGGGAUUGUCAGAUGAAAUGGGCGCGACCGAAUUGAGAGGGAUUGUGCUUGAUGGUGGACAGGCUGAUGUGACAGAUGGUGAGGGGGACUGUCUCGGCUCCAUCAUUCACGUGGAGAGUGGGACCAAUGAGCAGGGGGAAAGUGUCUUCUUUGUUUUGACCAGCACCAGUCCGUCCCAAGCUGUAGUCCUCUCUGAGGGCACGGGGGAAAACGUGAUGAUGCAGUUACAGGACACAGCCCAGCAGCUGGGCAUGGAGGUGGUGUAGAUCCCCCUAUGCACGGGCAUGCACACACACACACACACACAGGAGAAAGGAGAAAUGGGCAGAUGUCCACUCUGGCUUUCCAUCAUUCUUGUGUUCUCAUAUCAGCUGUGAGGCAAGGGAAUGUCCCUCUGAAGCAUCAGCCCUCUUACUCUUUAUGUGUAUUCCUUUUGUUAAGCCCAAUUUAGGGCUAGGCUUAGCUGAAGGCAUUCCAGGACUGUAAAUUCACCAAGAGUGGAAAUGGAAUGUAACACAAAUCCAAAUGAUGUUGGUGCAAAAGUAUAUCUGAGAAUCAAAUUACCAGCUUAAUUUAUGGUCCAUCAAGUUUCCAUGUCAAAUUUGGCCUUGACCUAAGGGUGUGUUUAUGGGAGAAAGCACUGUGCACUCUUUGGUGCUUGGUGGCUGGUUGUUUUGAGAAUCCACAAAGUGCUGGCACAUUGCGUAUGUGACCCUGUCUCAAACAACAUGCUUAGAUGCCUCAACUUCACUACCUGUGUUCACACCACGUCACAUGUCACCGUGUAGGACAAGCUACGAAACACCUUCAUCUGCAAUGAAUGCAGCCCAUUUUGGGCCUGACUGAUAGUAUUCACAGAAAAUCUACUUGACAAGCAUUGACUAACAUUGUCUAACAUUCAGGUUGGUAUCAUGUUGAGAGACUGUUGGGUCAUUACACAUUGCAGUAUGUUAAGAGUGUGGAGACUGUUAAAUGACUAAUUGUGUGCUCAUUUAUAAAUAAAGCAGAUGUUUAUUUUGAUGAUUUUUUUCCCAAUAAAAUGGACUUUGAUGUGCAUUCUUACAAGUGUGUAUAUUUGGCA